GGAUUCAAAAUAGUCUGUUCAAAAAGACAGCAGAUGGGAUAAAAGGCAGAGCCUGUUUUCAUUUCCCUGCCUGCUGUCUCCCAUAUAACACGUGGAUAAAGACGGAGAAGGAACUUCUCUCUCUGUGGGAAGCUGUCAUCCACUUCUGUGCAAUGCACCUGAUAUGUGCGGGAUCGUUUUUCCCCAUGUCUCCUCUUCGGAGUAGACUCUGCUUCGGUGCUGAUGUUAAAUUUCUAAAGUGGGAUAUCUGCUCAGGUGGUGGCUGCUGUUGACAUCAACACCACAGCCAAUAAAAUCUACAGGCACAAUUUUCCAGACACCCCCCUCUGGAACAAGACCAUUGAGGUGUGGUGCAGCAGAGGCUCAUCUAAAAGUUGCAGGACACCAGCCCUUGAUUACUGGAGUUUGACACCCCUGAUCUACAUCAUCUUGCUUCAAACCCUGAAGGACCUUAGCUUCCUCAAGAAGAACAGUCUGCUCUGUCAUUUCCCUGUAGACUGCUUACCUUUUUGUUUUGGCACUAACUAAUGUCAACAACAAGAUGAUAAAAUGUUUCUGUGGUCAAAAUAUUGUAACUUUUACCUGCAACAAUCAAAUUCUAAACCUCCUGUAGCUGAGGUUCUCUUCCCCUGUAAGUGAUUGUUUUAUCUACCUACCUUAUUUCUUUAUUGUGCCUAACUUAUUUAAUUUGACCAUUUAUAUGUGUAUGUUUGUUGUGGUUUUAUGUCGAGUCUUGCCUCUGUCAAGCACUUUACGAAACAGUUGGUUGGAUGAAGAGUUAUUCAAAUUUGAUGGAUAUAUGGGGGUAUACCACUUGGCGACUUCAAUAAAUUAUCUUUUGAUAUGAUAAUGAUGAGCCCUCCUUGCCAGCCAUUUACCAGGUUAGGACUUCAGGGUGACGUUGCAGACCCCAGAUGUAAGAGCUUCCUCUUCAUCCUUGAACUCCUUCCAAGGCUUUGCAAGAUGCCAACAUAUAUCCUGCUGGAGAAUGUCAAAGGUUUUGAGAGCUCCUCAGCCAGGGACUAUUUGAUAAAAACCCUGAGUGACUGUGGCUACACUUACCAGGAAUGCAUGAUCUCCCCGACAAAUGUGGGGAUUCCAAAUUCACGACUGCGUUAUUUCCUGGUUGCUAAAAUGUCUGCAGAAAAUUUGAGCAUCCAGACAAGUGCCAAGGGAGAAGCUGGAGGAGUCACCCAAUGGUCCUCAGUUUCUUCUCCAAGUGAGAUGAUGUCAUCAAACUACCACACCAAUGGUUGUUCCUUUUCCCAUGUGACGGACAGUGAGUUUCCUGAACGGUCCUCUGUCUUGAGAUCUAAAUGUCAGAAUACUGACCAGCCAUCAGAAGACAACCCCAAUGUUCAUGUCCUGUAUAAACGCGAGACUCAAAUGGAUUCUCAAAAGAAGACUAAUCAGAACAAAAACCUAUCUUUUCAACAAAUACAAGGCUACUUGGAACCUCAGAUGAAUAUAGACAUGGAACUUUAUCUCCUUAAACCUAAAACCUUGUUGCGGUAUGGCUCAAUUUUGGAUAUUGUUCAGCCCCACAGCCGGAGGUCUGUCUGCUUCACUAAAGGUUAUGGAAGGUAUGUGGAAGGAACUGGAUCAGUUCUACAGUGCUGCAUGGAAAAUGAGAUUAGUAGUGUGUUUGCCAAUCUGGACCAGUUGACUGAAGAGGAGAAGCUCCAGAAAAUGUUAAAAUUAAAUCUACGUUAUUUUACUCCGAGAGAAGUAGCCAACCUGAUGGGCUUCCCUCAGAGUUUCUCUUUUCCAGAGGAUAUCUCAAUCAUCCAGCAGUACAGAGUUUUGGGAAACAGUCUCAAUGUUUUGGUUGUGGCCAGACUUCUACAACUGAUGACAUCUGAGCAUUUUGGACAUUCUGAAGGAGAAGAGCAGUUCUCAGUCUUGGAAAAUGAGUAUCCGUGCUCUUAAUUCUGUCGCUGUGGAUGAAGAGUUGUGGAUAUAAAUGUUGAUCAAACAUCAUGAAAUAGAAUUUAUUUACAGAGUGCACGCAAUUUUAUGGCAUCAGCGAAGUAACCUUAACAAAACUCCUACUUAUUAUAUUCUUAUAUGCUGUAGUCGCACAGCUUUUUCUCAUUCUGUUUGCAAUACAUUCAGUUUUUUAACUGAUGCAAGCAAAGAAAAUCUCUCCAUCCAGAUAAGCAGAAGACACUGAAAUUGUCAUACUAUGCCAUCACAUUGUUAUACCAUAAAUAUUAGCUGCAUUGCAAAACUUAGCUAGCUUUUCUUUGCUACUCUUUCUAUUUAUAAUGAAUCAUUAACCUUUUCAUUUUAUGCUAAAGGUAAAUAAGUAUAGGGUGAGGUUAAUCUUGCCUGAUAUAAAAUAAAUGGGUAGAUGCUGCUGCAAUGUAGUUUAUUCAACUACACAAAGGAGUACUGGUUAUGUGGCUGUUAUGUCAGUGUGCCUUAAAAUCUGCUUUCUCAGUUGGCUGUUAUUUUACUUUCGCAUGUUUUCUCUUUUAAGUACAAACCAUUUUAAAAGUAUGUGUUUUUUCCUGAACUUGUUCCAUAUUUUGUAAUUUUCAACCAAAAACGUCAGUGUAUUGUUUUGUGGGUUUUGUGUCAUAUUUGCAUAGCCAUUUAAUAUCUGUGAAAGCUGCAUAUGUAUUCUUCAUUCUGAUUUUUUUAAGUAAAACCCAGUGAAACACAUUUAAAUUUUUCUAAUGAGAAUUAGCCCUCUAGCUAAUCAGAAUCAGUUUUUUUGGUUAAGUUUGUGUGCACAAUGAAUUUGUUGUUUUCACAUGCUCAGACAUUAAGUAUAGACAUGCAAACAUUAGUGUAGCUAAAAUAAAGAUAAAAGAAGAUGUACAUAUAUGAAGACCAAAAUAAUGAUAUUGUGUAAAAAUGUAAUUAUCAUUGCCAAUUGUCUCAGAAAGCAAAACUCAUUCAGUAUCUCAGAAAAUUAGAAUAUUGUGAAAAAUCACAUUAAUUGAAACUCAUGGUGUCACACCCUAAUCAGCUAAUUAACUCAGAACACUUGCAAAGGUUUCCUGAACCUUUGAAUUUUCUCCUUCUGCCUCAGUCGCCUACACAAUUAUGGCAAAGACUUCUGACUUUAAAGAAAACCGUCAUCGACACCCUUCACUUGUGAUGGCAAUGAAGCUUCAUGAAGCAUUGAACCUUUCAAAUUACUACAAAUUAGUAAUUUGUAUUAGUAAUUAUUAUUACGAAUAAUGGUGGAAAUUUCCGGAGACUGAGUAUUUGGCGGGGAUUAUUUUAAUGUCUAAUCAAUGGCUUAUGACUUUGGGAGUGCAAUGCCAGCUCAACAGGACCAAUCAUUUGCUAAGCAGCAAGGUGGGGUUUUGGGUUUAUUUAGAUUAUUCCAUUUUAGAUAAUGAUUAGUUUUGUUUUUCCUACUGUGUGUAAAUGGUUUGGCCAAAUCGCUAAGCAAGUUAGCCUCAGGUGUCUUUGGGUCAGGUCAGUUCUGCAAGUUAAGCUGAGUAUCCUUUGGUUGUUGAGUUAAUACACUGAACAAAAAUAUAAACGCAACACUUUUGUUUUUGCUCCUAUUUCUAUUAGCUGAACUCAAUGAUCAAAAACAUUUUCUAUAUACAAAAAGAAUUUCUCUCAAAUAUUGUUCACAAAUCUAAGUCUGAUGGCACUUCUCCUUUGCGUACAUAAUCGUGUGUUCUAAUAAAUUAGAACACAGGAUCUA